AUGUCGUUCGAUCUUCAGCAGUUCCAUAAUAUUGUGAAAAUCACUCAGCACAAACUACGGGCUUCGCCAGCUCUAUCCAAGCUAUCAUCUACAAAACGAACACUGAUUGCGGUGGAUCUUGUAUUGGUGGCUGCAUCUAUACGGACAGGCUACCUCGUCGAUGCAAUAUCGGCACAGGAUGCACCUAGCACUUAUGCUUCGUUGCUUCAUUCCUUACGUCAAAUUCAUCCAAUAUUCGACAGCCUGCUCAUCAUCCACGAGUCUUCCUCGGAUCAAACAUUCUUUGUUCAUGCGAGGCUAGCUCAUGGAAGGCUGAAACGCGUAGUCGGCACAGUUGCUCGCCCGAAUACGCCUUAUCCCAGUCAUUCAGUGGUGGAGGAGUCAAGUUUCGUAGAGGUGACGUUUGUCUCGCCCGGUCCCGAGCCUCCAGCGAAAUGUGCCAUGCCCGGCGAUCUUCGCCAAAUAUUGGAAUAUAUCACUUCAGAACUUGAUGCGCGCAUCUCGGGCGACUUGUACAACAGCCAGUCUGUCAUACAGCUACCUGUAUCGCAUCCAAGUACGAUGAUACCUCUGGCAGCAAUCCUCUUGGAAUAUCCCGUUGCCUACGUCCCGCCUCCAGAGCCAGCCUCAUUUACGUUCCUUAGUGGGAUUGGCUUGGACGUCUACGAAGUAGUCCUGGCUUCAUCAUCAAGUGAACUACGACAGCAUACCUUACUGAAGUUCUCUUCCCCCCAUGGGCUGGACGAAGGGUUAUCGCCACAAGUAGUCAAGGAGAGGUUGUACAAUCAUUUUAGGCCAAGGCUGAGCACACUUCUGCCGGGUAUGUCCCUUGAAGUGAGCCACUCAGAACAGACAUUCGAUCGUGUAGCACUAUAA